AGUCUUUCCAAGCUUUUAAUUUUUUUUAGGAGCACUCUGAAAUAUUCCCGAUGGUGACAUUUCUCAAUCCCGUACGCUCUCGAAGACUAGGAGUGAGAGCUCGAUCUUCAAUGUCGUACGACGCACAACUCCACGCCGCUAAGAAAGCCGCCACUCUUGCUGCUCAUCUCUGUCAGAAAGUUCAGAAGACGCUGUUGCAAACUGAUGUGCACUCAAAGACAGAUAAGAGCCCAGUCACUGUGGCUGAUUAUGGUUCACAGGCAGUGAUCAGCCUUAUAUUGCAGAAGGAGUUGCCUUCUAAUUCCUUUUCAUUAGUGGCCGAGGAGGACUCAGAAGACCUCCGCAGAGAAGAUUCAGAAGAGACUCUUCUGCGCAUCACAGAAAUUGUUAAUGAUACUCUCGCUAGCACUGAAUCAGGAAUCACUUCUCCCUUAUCUAAAGAUGAUGUUCUUGCUGCAAUUGACAGUGGCAGAUCUGACGGUGGUCCUUCUGGUUGUCAUUGGGUACUAGAUCCUAUCGAUGGGACUAAAGGGUUUCUAAGAGGUGACCAGUAUGCUAUUGCACUGGGUUUACUAGAUGAAGGGAAGGUAGUUUUGGGUGUCCUCGCCUGCCCCAAUCUUCCAUUAGCUUCUAUUGCAUACCAUGGUUAUCAAGAGAACUACGGUUGUUUAUUUUUCGCUCAAGUUGGAGCUGGCACCUAUAUGCAAACUCUAGAUGGCUCUCCUCCUAAAAAGGUACAUGUCACAGACAUUGAAAACCCCGCAGAGGCAUCAUUUUUUGAAUCUUUUGAAGCAGCGCACUCAAUGCAUGACUUGUCUAGCUUGAUUGCAAGGAAACUAGGCGUGAAAGCAUCACCUGUUCGAAUAGAUAGUCAGGCCAAGUAUGGUGCAUUGUCCCGAGGAGAUGGAGCGAUAUAUUUGAGAUUCCCCCAUAAAGGCUACCGUGAGAAGAUAUGGGAUCAUGCAGCUGGAUGUAUUGUUGUUUCUGAAGCUGGAGGCACAGUGACAGAUGCUGCAGGAAACCCAUUAGAUUUCUCCAAAGGAAGGUACCUGGACUUGGACACUGGCAUCAUUGUCACCAACCAAAAGUUGAUGCCCGCUUUAUUGAAGGCUGUUGGCGAGUCAUUGGCCGAAAAAGCCUCAUCUCUGUGAUCCCAUGUGUACACACUCAUUUAUGCAUAUAUUCUUAAUUCUGAAUAAUCC